AUGGAUCAAAUUACGAAAAAGACUGGUAAAAAUUAUGUUUAUGGAUAUGAUUUGUAUAGUAAUUCUGUUCAGAAGUAUGCUUCAGUAAACGAUAUAAAGACUGUAAAAACUGCAGUGAUGAAUAACAUACAUGAUUAUUUUGAGUAUUUAGAGGUUUUUGAAACAGAUUCCAAAUGGGACAGAAGAAAAGUUUUAAGCUAUACUUCGGUAUUAUGUUCUCUUAUUAUUGCGUUAGGUUUAUAUACUGGAAAAGAUGUUCUUAAACCACAUAAUUGGGCUACUUUUUUACUUAUUGGUAUUUGCGUUGCUUUUUCUGGGAUUGCUUCCCUUUGCGAUUAUGCGCAAAACGCAGAAAAUGUUGCAUUUGCAGGUAUUAUUUUCCCUUUGCCUACUGGUGAGGGACAUAAGAAGGAGUGUUUUCGUAUACUAAAAGGAAGGAGAGUUUGUGUUCGUGUUGACGAGGUACCUAAGUCAUCCAAACUAAAUAUAGAGGUCCAACUUGUUGGUCCCCCCCGUUUCUUUACCAGAUCGGAAGUUUAUUUUUCAUUCUCCAAAGAAGUGCCGUAUGGGAGAUAUUUUGGCAAGGAUGGAUUCUUUUACCCUCCCUCGCUCGUAGAGGAUGUGGAUAUGCUUCUUGGGGCGUUAAAGACAGCAAUUGUAAGGAAGAGACAAUGA